UUAAAAGAUUAUAAUAAAUUAGAGUAUAUAGUAAAAUAAGGGAAAUGAGAGAGAGAUCUGCUUCAAAAAUCAAAAAUUGAUUACCUCUAAUCAAAUUUAUUGAUUCCCUUUAAUCGAAUUUAGGGUUCUUUUUCCACCUCAAUCUUUUAAAAAUUUCAAAUUUUCACCCAUUAAUUACCGGGAACCGACAAUUCAGUCCUUUAUUCAUUCCAUUUGUGCACCAAAAUUUUGAUCUACAGAUUCAAUUACAUUGCUAAUUGAUCUGAUAAUUAUGAAUUAAAUUAAUUCUUUUAUUUAAUUUGGAUUUAAUGGCUUCGGCUCAGGUGAUGCGAAAACAAGAGCAUUUACAAGCUGGGAAAAAAAAGCUGGAAGAGUUCCGUAAACAAAGAGCAGCAGAGAGGGCUAAAAAGUCAACUUCCAAAAAUCGAGCUCACAGUACAGAUGGAGGGUUUGAGAAUCAACCUUUGGAAAAUGAACACACAAGAAUCACUGACUCUCGCGGAGCUGGUACAUCUGAUGCAGUUGAUGGAGCUGUUUUAGAGUUAUCUCGAGUAGAUGUUACGCAUGAUUUCAAGAAUCCUGAUCUUGUGCAGAAGAGUGGCUUUGCUUCUUCUUAUGAUGCUAAUGCUAGUUCUACUCAUAGUUUAUAUAGCAACGACAAUGAUGCUAGCGCUACUUCUACUGCUAGUGGAAACAAUCAUGGUUUUGAUUCUUCCAUCUCUGUGUCGUCUCAUUCUGGAGAUAAAGUGUUUAAGGGUGAUGAGAAUCCAAAGUUGUCUGAACAAUUCAGCGACAGUUAUAAUUCCUCUGAGAAGACGGAGAAUGGUGGAGCCUUAGGAAGUGUUGGAUUUGGAUUUAAUACUAGUCAUUCUACAGCUAAUUUUCUGUCAUCAAACCCCAGUUACAGUAAAAUUGCCGGUCUAUUUACUCAUGAUGGUCUGGGUAAAAGCGUACAAGAGGAAGACAACAGAAUGGAUCUUUCACCUGAAAACUCUGUUGAUCCUCGUCUGCAAGAAAAACCAGGUUAUAUGAAUCGUUGGUCUAGUGGGUUAACUUCCUCAUCAUAUGAAGAUUGUAUGCGCCCCGCAACCAGCAGUACAAAUUUUUCGUCAGAAGCUGGGCAAAAAAACGGUGCUAUGGAAGCUAAUAGUUCUAUGGUUUCUGAUAUUGGGUAUGACCAGCUUAACGCCUCUGGUUUUUACAUGACCAAUAAUUCUUCUUCUUGGGCAUCUGAUUCUAAAUAUGAUGGAAUCAUUUCUGAAGCAAGAACUUCUUCUUGUAAUUCAAAAUUGUCUCCACCCACUGUUGGGAGGAGAUCUCGUCCAUCUUUCCUUGAUUCAAUCAACAUUCCAAAAGUUCCUGCGGUAUCCCCUUCUCCAGCUGAAUCAGUUUCUGCAGACAGAUUUGAUCCAAAGGUUCAUCCCAUGGACACUUCGGAAUCAUCCAACUCCAGGAACAUGAUGAAUUCUUCAACUUUUUCUGUUAAUGGGUCUGAUCAGUUGAAUCAUCAUACUGAGAAAGACACGGGGAACAUGGACAACCAUUAUCAUUCUUUUGCACAAAAACAGAAUGAAGAUUUUGCUGCUUUAGAACAGCAUAUUGAAGAUUUAACACAAGAGAAGUUCUCUUCACAACGUGCUCUUGAGGCUUCACGAGCUCUAGCAGAGUCUCUAGCUGCUGAAAAUUCAUCCCUGACGGAGAGUUAUAAUCAACAGGGCAGUUUUGUUACCCAAUUAAAGGCCGACAUAGAAAAACUGCAGGAAGAAAUUAAAGCACAACUGGUUGAACUUAAAGCCGUGAAAAUGGAAUAUGCAAACGUACAAUUGGAAUGUAACGCUGCAGAUGAACGUGCUAAGCUAUUGGCUUCUGAAGUGAUUGGAUUGGAAGAGAAGGCACUUCGUCUGAGAUCUAAUGAGCUUAAACUGGAGAGGGAAUUAGAGAAAUCACAAGCUGAAAUAUCUUCUUUCAAGAAGAAAAUGGCUAGCCUUGGAAGGGAACGUCAGGAUCUAUUGUCAACAAUUGAUGCUCUAAAAGAAGAAAAGAAGCUCUUGCAGGCGAAACUACGAAAAACUUCUGAUAAUGGCAAGUCAGCUGAUGUUAGCAGGAGUAUGCCUAGUAAAAAAGAUGUAUCAACUUCAACAGAGGAUCUCCGUGAAGAAAAAAUUGUAAAUACUACCAUAGAUGACCCUAACUUGGGAGCCCACAGUACUGAGGGACCCACUUUUUCAUAUCUGUCUGAGAAUGACCAGCUCAGUCUUGAAAGUUUAUCGACAGCCAUUCCUCCAGAUCAGAUAAGGAUGAUUCAAAGCAUCAAUACAUUGAUUUCUGAGUUAGCCUUGGAGAAAGAAGAGUUGAUGAAAGCCUUGUCACUGGAAUCAUCUCAGUGCUCUGAGCUGCAGGAGUUAAACAAGGACUUAACCCGAAAGCUUGAAGCUCAAACACAAAGAUUAGAGCUUUUGACAGCUCAAAGCAUGGCAACUGGUAACAACCAAGCAAGGCAACCAGAUGUUCUAUCUGUGCAGGACAGCACCACAUAUGCUGAUGAAGGUGAUGAGGUGGUUGAGCGGGUCUUGGGAUGGAUGAUGAAGCUAUUUCCUGGAGGGCCAUCAAGGCGGAGAACCAGCAAGCUUAUUUAGUUUCCAUGAUGGAGUUUGAGUGUUCAAGGAAUGUUAUACAUCAUAAGCUCUUUUUUCUCCUUUGCGCCUUGUAUUUUUGGUGGCCAGAUGGAGAUGGUUUAUGUGUACCAUUAGUGAUUAACAGUCCCAUUUUUUUUCCCAGUAGAAGCAAAUUGCUUCUAAGAGGCAUUUAGAAAUAUAUGAUAAAUUACUUCACGGAUUCAGCAACAAAGCAGAACCUUCCCUUCUGUUCUUUCUACCUGCCGAAUACUGAAUGGGGAGAUCAGAGAUGAUCAGAAAUUGCCAUAGAGAAACUAAGGGGUGAUGAAAUAUUACUGCAGAGAGACUCGAGAUGAAGUUUGGUUUAUAUUAUAUUUAGAAGAUAUAGUUUUACUUGUGAAUUAAUAGGGGAAAAAAGAGGAAAAGGAUCAAAUGUACUAUCAUUUACAUUCGAGAAAUGAUGCUCUUUUACUUUUGGUUUUGUCUUAGUACUAAUGUAUUUGUUUUUAGGCCUAAAACCCAACCUAAUAUAUCAAAAGAAUGAUCUCGUCAAUUCAUUGGACACU